GUAAACUGUGUUUUUAGCUGCAUUGAUAACUGUCAGUGUUCAGAGCGUUAGACCUAGUCACAAAAAUGCAUUGUUAAAUUCUUCAAACUUUAUUCUGUUAUUCAUGAAAUUAAACCACAUAUUUGUAGGUUUAAACUAUCGCCUUGUUUGUGCUACCUCAGCGGAUUAACGCCAGCUAAGCCUGUCUGUGGUAACACUGUAAGUGAAAAGUUGAACUUGAGAAGAUUUCAGGCUGUGAAACUGCCAGAAAGAUGGAGGUGAGAGACUGUCUGGUUUCUGCUCCUGGAAAGGCGAUCCUCCACGGGGAACAUGCUGUUGUUCAUGGAAAGGUGGCUCUUGCAGUAAGUUUAAACCUGAGAACAUAUUUGCAGUUGAAAGCGAGGUCUGAUGGCAAAGUUUGCAUUAACCUACCUAAUAUAGACACAUUUGUCUGCUGGGAGCUGUCCGAACUGAAACAGCUGACAUCAUUUUUAAGUGAUAAAAAAGAAGAGAUGCAACGUCUGGAUGCUGAACUGGUGAAGAGACUGCGUGAAUUUAUUGGCGUGACCAAUGGAAAUUUAGACAGUAGCGCUUCAGCAAUUUUGGCCUUCCUUUACAUCUACCUGUCACUUUUUGGAUCAGGAGAUAUGCCCAGUCUGACGGUGUCUGUGUGGUCAGAGCUGCCGACCGGAGCAGGACUGGGCUCAAGUGCUGCUUAUUCCGUGUGUUUAGCUGCAGCUUUCCUCUGUGCAACUGGAAACAUUCCCACUCCCCUCAAAGAGUGGGAGCAGACUGGCAGAUGGUGUCAGGAGGAUCUGGAGCUCAUCAACAGUUGGGCUUUCCAAGGAGAGAAGAUCAUCCACGGAAAUCCCUCAGGAGUAGACAAUGCUGUAGGAACAUGGGGUGGUAUGCUGAGAUUUUUAGCUGGAAAGAUAAUACCACUGAGCAGGGUGCCGUUGCUGAGAAUCCUCCUCACUAACACCAAAGUACCACGGAGCACCAAGGUACUUGUUGCCAGGGUGAAGGACAAAAUUAACAAGCUUCCUUCCAUCAUGAUCCCUGUGCUGGAUUCGGUCGAUGCCAUUUCCUGCACCUGUGAGAAAGUCCUAACAGAGAUGACUUGUGAGCCCAUCACAGGAGACCACUAUAACAUCUUAGAGGAGCUAAUUGACAUCAACCAGCAUCAUCUGAAUGUGAUUGGUGUAGGGCAUCCUUCUUUAGACACGGUGUGCCAGGUUACAGCAGCUAGAGGGCUUCACAGCAAGCUUACAGGAGCAGGUGGAGGAGGCUGUGGCAUCACACUCCUGAGACCAGAAACUGAUUCAACGACUCUUCAGGGGACGAUGAAGGACCUGAGGGACUGUGGCUAUGACUGCUGGGAAACAAGUAUUGGUGGACCAGGUGUGCAGCAGCACUUCCCUUCCUCUGUUAAAGAGGAAAUUAUGGAGGUUUUAAACCGGUACUGAGGCCUACUGGUGGCUAAGCCAAAAGGACUGAUUCUUACACUGUGGGACUUCUAGUUGAUGUCUCAAAACCUUUGAUAUACUUAACAAAUAAUGGGAACUGGGAGAAUGGAAAAAAUAAUGUUUCCAAUUGAUUUUUUUUGACUGAACUUAUUUUUUUUAGUGUAUUUGACACUAAUCAACUGGGCCUUUUUGCACAUUGGAGCAUAAUUAUUACAUGCAAUGGUGUAUCUGUACUCUAGAUGGCAGCAGAGUGGCACAUAUUGUUUUAAUGAAUCAGGAUAAAACUAAUACUUUAAUGGAUUAGUUUAAUAACAUUAAAUCCUCACUUCUAUAAUUUUAACAGGGUCAACAACUUCUUUAGUGAAUGUAAUAAAGCUGUGUGAGUGAUUUUUUUUUUUGUUCAGGACACAUCAGUUACAAAAAAAACAAGUUUGUAAAUUCAAAUGAAGGAUUUGUUCUGGAAAUUGAUGCAUGCCAGAUUGAAUAUAAAAAAAAAAACAA